AAACAAACAAACAACAACACCCCAAACUUUUCAUCAACUUUUGGCGAUGGGCUGUUUUGGAUAUUUGCUAUUUCUUUGUGGGUUGAGUCGAGCUAUGUCAAGUUACCCAAUCUGGUGGUCCUUGGCCAUCGGUCACCAGUAUUCCUCCCUGGGGACUCAGCCCAUCCUCUGCGGCAGCAUCCCAGGGCUGGUCCCGAAGCAGCUGCGCUUCUGUCGGAACUAUGUGGAGAUCAUGCCCAGCGUGGCAGAAGGGGUCAAGAUCGGGAUCCAGGAGUGCCAGCACCAGUUCCGUGGGAGGAGGUGGAAUUGCACCACCGUUAAUGACAGCUUGGCCAUAUUUGGGCCUGUGCUAGAUAAAGCUACCAGGGAGUCGGCCUUCGUCCACGCCAUCGCCUCCGCUGGUGUUGCUUUUGCGGUGACCAGAUCCUGCGCCGAGGGCUCAGCCACCAUCUGCGGCUGCGAUACUCGCCACAAGGGACCCCCCGGGGAAGGCUGGAAAUGGGGAGGCUGCAGUGAAGACGUGGAGUUUGGGACCAUGGUGUCUCGAGAGUUUGCGGAUGCCCGGGAGAACAGGCCAGAUGCUCGGUCAGCCAUGAACAGGCACAACAACGAAGCUGGGAGAACAUCCAUUAUUGAUCACAUGCAUCUGAAGUGCAAAUGUCAUGGUCUGUCAGGCAGCUGUGAGGUGAAGACGUGCUGGUGGUCCCAGCCGGAUUUCAGGGUCAUCGGUGACUAUCUCAAGGACAAAUAUGACAGCGCUUCUGAAAUGGUGGUGGAGAAGCAUCGGGAGUCCCGUGGCUGGGUCGAGACGCUCAGGCCCAAGUACAACUUCUUCAAGGCCCCAACUGAGAGAGAUCUGGUUUACUAUGAGAACUCACCAAACUUUUGUGAGCCGAACCCCGAGACGGGCUCCUUUGGGACCCGCGACCGGAUCUGCAACGUCACCUCCCACGGGAUAGACGGAUGCGACCUUCUGUGCUGCGGCCGCGGGCACAACACAAGGACUGAGAAACGGAAAGAGAAGUGCCACUGUAUCUUCCACUGGUGCUGCUACGUCAGCUGCCAGGAAUGCAUACGAGUCUACGACGUUCACACGUGCAAGUAAAGCAGGAGUUCCCUGGACAGGCUCCAUGCAGAGAAACAGAUUUGAGCCUGCUUCUUCUGAGGUUGUGUAGAUGGGAAAGAUCUACUUUUUUUUAUAGUAAAAGAAAAAAUAAAAAAGGCUAAAACUGGCUGGAUAGAAUAGAUCUAAUGACUUCUUGGUCGUCCCAAGAUGCAUCUGGAGGCUAACAUUACAAAUAUGGAACUCCAUACAAAAAGAUUAUGCACCGGUUAGGAGACUGUGAUUUCUUUAACUACCCAACAGAACAGAACUGCAGAGAAGAUUGUUAGCAGGGGGCAUGACUCUUUGCUCUUCUCUCAACUAACCUAAAGAGACUCCUGCUAUUAAGUGUCCUUUGAAAGACUUGCAACUUCCUGAACACCUGCUGUUCCCAACCCAAUAGGAAGAGGUGAUGUCGGACAACAGCUCUGAACGUACUGAGAUCCUUUCCAAGCUCCAGCAACCAGAGUCUGUGUGCAACAUGAAUGGCAAAAAAUUCAAAUAAAAUAAAAUAUUCAAUUCAUUAAAAAAAAAAACCUUCUUCCACUUCUUCUGGGAACAGGGGAAUUCUGCAAACAUUCCUUACUGCUAUAGAAUGGACGAGCUCUUAGCAUGAACUUUUUAACAUAGUGGUUUCUGCCAGAUUUGACAUAGGACGCAGUGACACAGUUAGUACUUCUGCAGAGAAAGAGACUGCUGAUGGAUUACUACCAAGGGCCCACUGACACCAAUGCAACAGGCGUGGUAGAUGCUUUGAUCUGUAUACACAUGCGUGCAUGUCGUACGUAAAAACUCAGUGCACAGAAGGGAACCCAGCAAACGCAUGGCCACAGAGACCGAGAUGGCUUGUUUUCCUCAGCAGACACACCAGCAGACAUUGACCCAACUGUGGCUGUGGAGGCAGGGGUGUGACUCAGCCGAUUAGAAGGAGGCUGCCCGUUGAGACGUGCAGUGGGGUAGGGCACAAACCGCCUGUGAUUAAGGUGGUGAGGACAUCAUUUGCACCACAGGCCAACAAGGAAAGGAGAGCAGGAAAGGUGUUUCCCCACCUCUGCUUAAGAAACAAAGUAACAUUGGAAAGUGCACUUAGUUCAUUUUAUCGGCUCCAUACAGCUCAUGCAGGCUAAUCGGGGGGCUCAGCAGAAUCCUCAGAACAGAAAUCUGUAGGGAACAGCGGUUCUGCAGGACUGCGUGUUAUGUGUUGAUAGACAAUCCCUGAACUGGAACAGCCUUGGACUCUGGCCAAGUUUGGAGCCAGAUCCAACCUCCGCAACUAGUGUCUCUAUAACAGGCCAAAUCAAAAACCUUGUGUCCGAACCUCCCUCAAUUUUGGGAAAGUUUGGAUCCAGCUCCAAAUCCCAACUCUGCAGCACAGCCCUAUCUCUGCUGUUCGGCUGUUUCGCCCCUUUGACUCCGUUCCUUUGCCUGUGUUGUGUUGCAAGCUGUCGUACCUCUGAUACCUAGAUCAGGAUUGCCAAUUUACAGUAGCAAAUGUAACUUGCUGAAUGGUAAUCCAGGCUCCACCUGGGGUUGUGGGUUCUCAGGCCAGACGCUUCACUCCCUCACACUGGCUUUGACAGCAGUAUAACCUUAUUGGUUUUGGUUGCAUUAUUCCUGGUUUACACUGGUGUAAGUGAGAGGUGAAUGAAGCACAGAGUCACAUCACGCGUAGCCUUUGCCUCCUUUGUGCCUCACCCUCUUUUCCCCACCUGCUGGGGGUCCCAUCUAGAGAAAUGAGAAAGGGCCUGAUUUAUUUUUCCUUUUGCCAUCAAGAAUUGCAGAAAUGGAAAUGAGGCUAGAGCAAUGGGAGCCCUUCCACCGACUGCCAGGGGAGCUGGAUCACAACUCUGGACUAGGUUGUGACUACACACCUGAGUGGGGAAAUACAAGCACCUCCUCGAGCUGGCUUUCUCUCUGCAACCUGAGCAGGCGAGCUGGGAGAAUACAGCCGAGACAAGGAAUGAACGGAGUCUAAUCCCCAUGGAGAAAAAUGGGGAGGGAGUUGUGCCCCAGAGGCAUGUCUCUGAGUCCCAGCGCCUCCCGGACUACUUCUAAAUUGAGCUGUGCCCAGAGGCGCAAGCUAGCCCUCUGGAUUGACGAGGUCACUUUUGUCUACUCUGUGUGUAAAGGCUGAAUGAUGCCAGAGUGACUUCAUCUGUGGUUUAGAAAAGAGAAAGAACGUAUAAGUAGAGAAUUAGGCAUGGUUUUGCAUCCCUGCCCAUCCUGGCUAAUAGCCAUUGCAGAAGGAAAUGGCCUAGGAUAGGGAUAUUCGUGCACUAGCUUUAAAAGGAAGGGAAACAGCUGGACAUUUUUGAAAAUCUUACCUGGAGUGGAAGGAGUCCUUAAAACAAACUGGAAAAGAUUUGGUAAGGAAAAAUAAAUAAAUGCAGUUCAUGAUCCAGGGACCGCAAACACAUGGCAGGU